UUAUAAAAAUAUUCCUAAUUUGCAGUGUGCUCUUAUUAAUAUAUUAAGUAACUAGAGAUAUUGCAUUACCACUAAUCCUUAAUAUACACAUUUAAUAUACUGUGUUCCAAGUUAUUUACAAGCGAGUUUAGCUUCACAUGGCAAUGUCGUAGAAACCAUAGAAUCACCAUACAUAAUGGUCUUCAUUAACAUGUUUUGUCUAUUUUAGUAAUUUAAAUGAGACUAAUAAUUAAUUACAUCAUGCAUCAAUGCCUCACAAAUGUUGGUAAUAGUUAUCAAACAAUAAAUACUUAAUAAAAAAUAGCACUGGUCGUAUUGUGCGAUAAUUUUGCACCGUUCAGAGGUACCGAUCCAGACCGCUAUAGAUAUAAUAAUAUCUAUAUAAAUGAUGUAGAGGCUCCCAGUACGGCAGUCGAAAACAGCUCGCGACCGAGCGUAGAUAAAGCCGAUAAAAUCACUAGUUACUAGUUAACAAUACGAAACAUGAAGUCGUUUUGUUGGAUAGCCUUAAUGGUGGUGGCUGUGUGUGGUGAAGAGACACGUCAGAAUCCGUCUGUAGUUGGUCGUAUACGAAACAAUGGUGCACUGAAUGAAGACGCCGAAAACACCGAAUUAGUUCAGGCUUUCGUGGUUUUCCGUCACGGCGAUAGGACCCCAGAUGAGGCCGAGAUAGAAAAGUAUCCCGCUGAUGUUAAAAAUAAUGACAUUUUCUUUCCUUAUGGAACUAAAGCAUUGACUAAUAAAGGGAAGCAGCGAGGAUAUCUCGUAGGAGAGUAUCUCAGAAAACGCUACGAUAACUUCAUAUCCCGCUUAUAUCUGCCGGACGAGAUUUCAAUACGAACGACAUCCUUUGCACGGACUAAGAUGACGGCGUUGACUGCUCUGGCCGCACUAUAUAUACCUCCACCAGCUCAGAAAUGGAACCCCUUCCUUAAUUGGCAGCCUGUUCCAUAUGACACCAUGGCGGCGGAAGACGACGACUUAAUGUAUUACUACAAUUGCCCACGUUAUCUAAAACUGAAAGAUGCUGUCAACGAUUACCCAGAGUUCCAACCAAAGGUGAAAUCCUACGAAGGACUAUUUAAUUUUAUAAGUUCACAAACUGGAACUAAUAUCACAACUCCUGAUGACGUUUUCUUCCUAGAUAAUCUCUUUCAAACGUUGGAGAACGUUGGCGUGAGCCCUCCAAAUUGGGCACAAAAGGUGAUGCCGAAAAUAAAAGAAGUAACAAAAUUAGAAUACGCCAUAGAAUUUUAUACAAGUGAGGAGAUACGAUUAGCCUCAGGAGUCCUUCUGAUGGAUAUACUGAACGCGACGAGCUCCGUUAUAGCAGGUGAUAAGGAUCGCCCGAAACUAUAUUUAAUAUCAGCUCAUGAAAACAAUGUAGCCGGACUGAUGGCCGCCAUAAGGGUCUUUAAACCUCAUCAGCCCCGAUAUGGAGCAACCAUAUCGCUUGAAUUGAGGAGGCGACCAUCGACGGGACAGUACGGAUUUAUGGCUGUGUAUGCUGGAAAUGCUGGCGGUCCGGGAGAGAUUUUGCCUAUCGCUGGCUGCGGGGGACAAACUUUCUGCGACUAUAACACCUUUAUACAACUGACAAGAGAUAAUGUUUUGCCGAGAAGUGAAUUAAAAACUCUGUGUUAUAGUUAAUAAGAAACAAUUUAGUAAUUUUUUAUUUUAUUCCGUCAAAGACAACUGAUAUCUUAUGUACGUUUUAGUCUAUAAAUAUUAAAAUGGUUACGUCAUAAGACAUUAAAAUGUUUUUUAUAUUAUUUUAUUUCUAUACAAAAAUACAAAAUGUUACAUAGUUAUUUUAACAGCAAAAAGUUGUUAAGAAAAAUAAAAUAAAUGGCUGUGACGUUGUUUUUUUUUAUAUUCAGAAAACUUAUUGAAACAUAUUUAAUGGUUAGUUACUUUUAAAUGUAUAUUUAUAUUACGAUUUUUAUUGUAUACUUUAUUCCCCGAUUUAAAGAAAAAUAUAUAAUAAAAUUCCACGAAAUGUUGUAAAAUUAUCAAAUUUAAAAUACAACAAGUUUUAAAUUUUAACUAAAGGUUAUAAUACAAUUGUUGAAUUGCUGGUAGAUAAGAAUGUAUUGGAUUGAUUUGUUCGACUAAUAUGUGGGACGGCUGUGAUAUUAUGACUUCAAUAAUAAAUGCGUUGAAAAGAGCUACUGUUGAGUUAUUUAAUUCGUAUUUGGUACCUUAUUUUAAGACACUUUAAUCUAAUUUAAAAAUAGUCGAUUAAAAAAGGGUAUGCUUUUACUUGGUUUUAAUUAGUAGUAAAAAUUUUAAAUAAUUAUAUUUAAGUUUCUUGAAUGUACACAUUUUAAAUAAAAAUAUUUUUUUCGUAUAUUA